AUGACCUCUGAAUCGACUUCCUCGCAGGUGCACCAACCUGGCAGCGCCGACGGGUGGCACGGCAUCAUCCCCAGCGAGACUUUCCCCGCCGAACCGAACCGCUACCACCUCUACUUCGGCCUCUUCUGCCCGUUCGCGCACCGCGUCAACUUCGUGCGACAUCUGAAGGGGCUCACCGACAUCAUCCGUACCAGCAUCGUCAAGCCAUACCCCAAGGGCGACUCCAAUGGCUGGCCGGGAUGGAAGUUCCCGGCCACCGAGACGGAAUACCCAGGGUCGACGGUCGACCAUCUGUUCGGCGAGGACUACCUGCACAAGAUGUAUUUCCGAGCCGACCCGGAGUACAAGGGGCGGUACGCGGUGCCGCUGCUGUGGGAUACGAAGAGCAAUACGGCUGUGGCUAAUGAAAGCAUCGAAAUCCUCCGCUGGCUCCCGUCCGCCUUCAACGCACACAUCCCCCCCUCCCUCGCCUCCAUCGACCUCUACCCCUCGCACCUCCGCGCCAAGAUCGACGCCAUCAGCCCCUGGCUGCAAUCGGACCUCAACACAGGCGUCUACAAGGCCGGCUUCGCCGAGACGCAGGAGGUGUACGACGAGAAGAUCAUCCCGGUGUUCGGGGCGCUGAACAAGCUGGAGCGCAUCGUCGCGGCCAACGGCGGGCCGUUCGUGCUGGGCGCCGAGAUGACCGAGCUGGACGUGAUGCUGUACACGACGCUGAUCCGCUUCGACACCGUGUACGUGCAGCACUUCAAGUGCAACCUGGGCACGAUCCGACAUGAUUACCCGGUGUUACAUAACUGGUUGAAGGGGAUGUACUGGGAUAUCCCGGCUGCGCGGGCGAGCACGGACUUCAGGCAUAUUAAGGACAAUUAUACGAAGAGUCAAAACAUGAUCAACCCGCGGGCGAUUACCCCGAUGGGCCCGUAUCCGGAUGUGGAGGAGGGCGUGGAACGGGAUUGGAAUCGGUUGACGGUGGGCGGGGUGAAGCAUCCGAAGGUGCUGGAGUAUGAGGCCUCGAUUCCGGAUGUAGUAGGUUGAGCAUAGAUGUGUAUGGACAUUAAUGAGCUAUUGGGAUGAACAGCGGAGAUAAAGCCUUCUCUAACAACUCUGGGAAGAUAAAUCACAUGCAAUUACCCUGACAAGACCGUCCCUGAUGCUCCGAUGCAAUUAGAGGAUCGGCAGAUCGACGGUCCCGUAAAACAUGUAGUCUGCUGUGGGUUGGUGCAUGGAUAGAUGAAUUUCCGGUGUUGAUUAGAGCUCGCGAGUAUCUCAUCUUGUGGUCUACACAAUGGGAAUCGUGUACGAACCUCGGAUGGCUGACGCAACCAGUGUCGCGGGUGCCGAGGCUCGAAGUAUAUUCCGCAAUCUUGGACACGGAUAGAUCGGAGAUCGACAGGAACGACGGUAGCAGGCCCGGCAAC